AUGUCGCCGCUAAUCAUUCACAAACAACACCCAGACUUACCUCCCCCCACCCAGACCCGCCGGCCCCCACCCCUCCUGCCUGCCCCCCCCACCAUCACCUGCCUCCCCCCACCCUCACCUGCCUCCCCCCACCCUCACCUGCCUCCCCCCACCAUCACCUGCCUCCCCCCCACCAUCACCUGCCUCCCCCCACCCUCACCUGCCUCCCCCCACCCUCACCUGCCUCCCCCCACCAUCACCUGCCUCCCCCCACCAUCACCUGCCUCCCCCCACCAUCACCUGCCUCCCCCCACCAUCACCUGCCUCCCCCCACCAUCACCUGCCUCCCCCACCCUCACCUGCCUCCCCCCACCAUCACCUGCCUCCCCCCACCAUCACCUGCCUCCCCCCACCAUCACCUGCCUCCCCCCACCCAGAUCUACCUCCCCCACCUGCCUCCCCCCAUCCUCCUGGUGGUACUGCAGCCUCUCCCACUCUCCCUGA